AUGGUGGUUGCUCUUCCGAAUGGGUUCAUUUUGCAUGAUAUUGUUGGCGAGCGGCAAUGGAUAAUGAACGGCGGACGGAAUCGGUGUCCUCGUCACAAUUACUUUCUGCUUCUUCAAAAGUUAAUGAUGAGUACUCAUGAUUAUGAUAAUCAAGAUCAUCUUCUAGCGCAUUGUAGCAGUCAAAUGAUUUACGAAGAUGUGAUGUUAAGAGGACUGGGACUUGAAGAAGAUUAUAUAGAGAAGAAAUUAAAAUUGAAAUCAGGGUAUGAUUUCUUUACAGCAAAUGACUAUCCACCACUCCAAAAUUAUGAGAAACAAAAUAUUGGGCAGGGUCCUCAUGUAGAUCCAAGUCUGCUCGUCUUCAUUAUAGAAAAUGUGAGCGGCGGUUUACAAGUUCAGCACCAUGGCAAGUGGCUCAAUGUCAAUCUCAAGCCGGGUUCGAUUUUGGUUAAUGUUGCUGAUCAUCUGGAGAUAUUAACAAAUGGCAAGUACAAGAGUGUAGUACAUCGAGUGACUGUGAACAACGAAGCAAGAAGGGUGACUCUGCCAAUGUUUAUGGGCCCGUCAUUGAACACAGUGGUGAGCCUGGCCCAAGAUCUUGUAGACGAGACUAACCCACCUGCAUAUCGAAGCAUCACCUAUAAACAAUACUUGGAAUUUAAUGAAUUCCAUCUUAUUGAUGGAAAGUCAUGCCUCCACCAAAUUCGACUCUAAACCCUUUUAAACAACUAAAUUUCUUCUAUUAAUAUGAU